AUGUGGAGACAGGGGCGCGGCGAACCGGCGGACUGUCGGCGGGAAGGAGGAAAGGGCAAAAACACCGGAGAGAGCACCGGCGUCCCCCACCACCAGCGCGGGCGAGGGAAGACUCGGCGCGCAAACUGUCCUGCAGCGGAGAGGCCCUGCAGCACUGAUCGGACCGCGAAGGGGUGGACCGCGGAGGAGCUUGGCACCGCGUUUGGAGAAGGCUACGCGUGGUGA